AUGGCUGAUUUUGGUGUUCUUCUGUUAGGUCUUUUACUAACAGUGCCAUUUUUCACGGAUUAUUUUGGCUAUAUCUAUCUUGUUAAUGGUCAUUAUUGGUAUUUUGACUUCAACAAGCCGUACACCUAUCUAUACAAUUCUUUAAACCUGAUACUGCAAGUACCAUGUUCUGAAUCAGGAAAAAUUCAAUACUGCUUGAUUUUUUGA